AAUACCCCCAAAAAGUUUUCCCCCUAUGGUCGGAUUUAUACUCGGUCAAAGCGGCACCGUAAGCUUGGCGUAACUGCCGGUAGGCUAGCAGGCUAGUCUUCCCAUUUCUUGUCAAACCCCCGACCGACCCCCCAGCUUAGGAUUUUGAAAGUCAACGUCCUCGUCCACCAGAGCUGACCAAAUCCGCAGUCGGUCCUAGGUCCUAGUUCCCCCCCGGACUUUCUGCCCCCCUCCUCUACCCCCCCAAACCCCCAAAUCCUCAAAUAUUCAAACGGCACCAACCUAUAAGUUUUGCUGUCGUUGCCCGCCUGGUGAUCCUCUCCCAGCUUCGCGCUGCCAAACGCUCUCUGCCCAUCCCGUUACGGCUGUCUGAACCACCCACUUCGUACACACAAGACACCACUUCACCAGGCCGAAGCGUUGUACACCCUUACACCUGCUGCGAUCAAUCAGAUACAAUCGAACCUCGCUGGUACUCUCAAUCUACCCCGAUCUCCAUUACCACCCACCUACGCACACUCCACUUCCGCGUUCUAGCUACGACAAUGACCCAAUGUCAUCUCUCUGCAUCGAGCGCUCUGGUUAACCCCCUCCCCUAAUAAUUCAAUUCCGACCCUCGAUUUUGUCGCCCAGUUGCGAUCUCACACUUGGAAUCUUCUCUUUGGAACACGACAUUCUUUUCGAGCAGCGAUCACACUCGUCUGCAUCAUAUUCCAACAUGGCUACAGCUCCUAUGUCCGCAGAUUCUAGGCUGUCUUUUGCAAAGGUUGGUAACUGGUGCCCUAGCCCCGCCGACCUUGUCACAUUUGGGACUGACAUACUCUCCUACAGGUAGCUGCAUCUGCAGCAAAGGACAAUAUAGCCCCUAGAUCAUUUGCCAAAGUGGCGGCCUCUGGACCGUCCCGCCUUACGAAAAAGGAGAACGUUACAAUGGGAGAUGCGAAUGAGAAGAGACCGGGAGAUGGACUUCCUCAACCCAGUGGAUCUGAGAAGCCACUCUCUGUACGAGCAGAAGGCGAUGCGAAUUCCGACGCCGCACCUGUACCUACGUCGGAGACGAAUCUUGCCAAUGCAAUGAAAUCCUUAAAUGUUGAUGGGGAGCGCAAUUCGCCAAUGCCGAGCCUCGUGGUAAAUGGCUCCGGUACUGCGCCUGUAAUUGCUGGAAAGAGAUCAGAAGCUGGGGAAGGCUUUUCCGAAGACCCUUUCCAACGUACGGAUUCUGGAUCUGAGCUAGGAACGAAACCUCCGAGUUUAGAUGGAAAGAGCAUCACGUCUGGGACUACAUUUGCAUUGGACGAAAAGGAGUCAUUAAGACCUGAUGAUAGUGCAAGCGUCAAAGCUGCAGAGGAUGACGAUACUUUCUCUGGAAGGGGCUCUAUAGUUGCAGGAUCUAGGAUUGGGUCUGAGGCGGCCGGUCGCGCAUAUCGUGCACAAUUCUAUGAAGCACCAGAUAGGCGUAUGCAACCAAUGCCAGAACGUCAAAUACAGGGAAUGACAACACCACAGAGUGGUUCGUCAGGACAGCAAACUACAGAUGAUGGGAAAGUUAUCAAGCCACUCGUUGGCCUAACAGGGGGUCCUGAUGCCUUCAACCUCUUUUAUCGCCAAACACCCGAUGAAAAGCUAUUGGAAGCUCUAGAAUCACCCAAAGAUCGCAUUUUUCUUCUUCGGCUAGAACAAGAUUUGCAAAAAUUUGUUACAGACUCAAAGUAAGAUACGAUAGUUUUGGCCACAAAUCUGAUUCCUUAGCUAACCACAAAUCUAGAGAGCCUUUCAUUGAUCUACCACCAUGCAAUUCGUUUUGCCGGAUGUUAACUCAUAAAUUGGCCGACUACUACCAUAUGACCCACCAAGUUGAUGCGGUAGCCGGUGCAGUCAGAAUUUUCCGCACUCCUUUCUGUAGGUUGCCUCCUCCAUUGACUACGAUAUCAAAUCCUCCUACAACAGGAAAUACGCCACCACCAACUAUUCCAACGAUGAAGAUUAUGCGAAGAGGGGGCGAAGGUGAUACAGGACUCAGCCCUUCCAAGGCUACGUCGGAGACUGGAAGUGAUGGUAAAGACAAGGCUUUGUCAGCUAAAGAAAAGUAAGCAUUCGGCAUCAUACCUUGCGUAUGUUGCACGUUACUGACUAUUAAUAGGCUGUCGAGGGAAGAACGCGAAGCGGCUUAUGCUAGGGCGCGAGAGCGUAUAUUUGGAACAGAUGGAAAGGCUGGAGAUGCCACACCCGGUAAGUAACGGUGUGUCCUCGCUAGACAGUGCCUUUUCUAACUCACCGAAGAAACCGAAGAUGGCAACGAGAUGUCACGAUCUAGCUCUGUUUCCACCAAGGAUAGGUCUGGGCAAGGGAAGAGAACGAAGACCACAAAACAAAGAAGAGACGAUUCCGAGAGCUUCGACGUCAGAUCUCAGUAUACCCCGUUCUUUCCUCAGCCUCAGAUGUCCGCCUGGACCCCAAGUCAGCAUUAUUCACCAAUGGUCCCUCAACCGUUCAAUGGGGCAGGCCAAGGUGUUUACCAAACUCCAAUCCCUCAGCAAUUCUCCGCCCCAGUCCAACAGUUCAAUCCGGCCCCUAUCAACAAUGGCAAUAUGCAAGGAUACAAUACUAUGCAACAGGUAAUGCAUUGUGAUCUCGUUUCGCCAAAGCUUUUACUAACGUUGCGCAGCCAUACCCACAACCCAACCAAGGCAGGUUUCAGCCACAUAGUGCUCCAAUCACAGCGUAUGGGUCUCCAGUUCAAUCUCCUCCAGUCCCUCCUCAAAAAUGGCAACAACCUCAGGCCCAACAGCCAGUCUACCAGCCUUCAUAUCAGCCUCGACCUCCUAUGAACGCUGGCCCUCCAGGCUCCAUUCCAUAUGCCUUUGGUCAACUGCCAACGACCGUAAACCCAGCUGACCCUAAAAGCCAACAUCCAAUUCCUGGAAGCUUCAAUCGACAUGCCUUUAAUCCAAAGACCCAGUCAUUUGUCCCUGGAAAUACCGGGCUUCCUGCAACUCAACCCAUGUCUCAACACGGAUCCCCUCAUCACGGCUCACCACAUCAUGGUUCACCACACCUCUCUUAUAAUGCCUAUACCCCUCCUCAACAAUAUGGUAAUGGAAUGGGCUACAACAUGGCUAGACAGGGCUCAAACAACUCUCUGCCAUCAUAUCAUGCAUCUCCGCACAUGGCUCAUCGACCUAUGAUGCACCAGGGCAUGCAACCAAAUAUUCCUCAAGCUCUACCUCAGGUAAUGCCUCAUGGAAUGAUGCAGGGGAUGCCACCGAAUAUGCCUCAGGGAAUGCCACCACAGGGUAUUCAAGGAGGGCAACAAAAUGGACAGGUAGGACAUCACUUACCCAACUACGGCAACUCCUCGACGCUUCCUCCGAAGCCUCAGACUGGAGUUUAAUGGGUUAUGGUUAUGUGGUCAGCAAACAAGAUUGGCGUAUAUGGGUAUGGUAGCAUUGUGAUGGAGUUGGUGGAAAUUGCGAAGCAUCAAGGUGCGCAGGGUUUAUAACAAACAUUGAAAGCUGAUAGACCGUGAAUACUACAAGUACCAAAAAAUCGGAAGUAUCUUGUAUCUCUCAUUCAUGAAGAAGAAGAAGAGGUUUCAUUCGUUG